UGGAAACAAGUAUGGGGUUGUUGUUAUAUUCAUCGUUUUAGUUGAUGCGGGGGAAAAAAUAAUCGCAUGCCAUAGCAGAGUUGUUAAAUUAUUGGUUAGAAUUGCUUGUCAUAUCCUACUUCAAGCAAAUUUCAUUGUCACUGAGUAACACAAUGGAUGUUAUUGAGACGGUUGUAACAGAGAGUGUUGAAGGAGAUGAAACUCCAACAGCGUCCAGUUUGGAUCCAGAUAAAUCGAAAGCAGAGUUUGUAUGGACUUUACAAGCCACAUGGCAACUUGUCCAAACCCGCCUCGAAAUGGACCAGGAUUUUGACCAGCCAGUGUGCAAGAAAAAGAAACUGUGGGAGACAGUGGCUGAGAGAGUGACUGCCAAGCUAAGGGCAGCUGGGAGCACAGAUGUCACAGUCAAGGCCUAUGAGUGUGAUCUAAAGUGGCGUAACAUGUUGGCCACAUACAGGAAAAACGCUGAGAGGUCCAAGAGACUGGGGGCCCAGAGUGUCCACUGGGAGUUCUUCAAGGCCAUGCAUGAGGUUCUGGGGAAGAGUCGGGAGGAGAUCGAGGCACAGCGCAGGUCCAAACUCAACGGGACCAAGCUGGGCAAGGCUAUUGCCAGCAAGCGGUUUACCCCCAUCCUCCCUACACCCUCCCUGACAGCUGCGCCCUUUGCUUCCAGGCCCCCCCAGGAUGUCCUGCAGCUGUACAUGGAGCUGCAGGAGAGGAAGAUGAACAUGUGGGCCCAGCAGAAGGCCCUGGAGGAGAGGAAGAUAGAGGCCAUCAAUAAUCUAGCCCGUGCAAUCUCCAGUUUGUCUCACAGUCAAAACAACAGUUUCCAGCUGCCAGAGUAGCAGUACAGCACACCAGAGCAAAGAAGUUCUCACUGAACUAAAAACUUUGGGAUGUUGUGUGAUAUAUGGAAGCUUGUGCAUAGAAUGAAAGACUGCAUCAUGCAAAUGUUUCUUAAGCGUUCAACCAUUCAGCUACUUUGUGUUGUCAUGAUUUUUCAUUGUAUACGUUUUUAUUAUGCUGUAAUAACACCAUUUGACAAAGGAGUUCACUGUAGGAAUUCCCUGUAAUAUCUGUGAAUGAGAAGAAGGCUACACAGGGCACAUUGUACAUAGAUCUGCCAUAGGAUACAAAUAAUCCUACAUAUGUAUAAAAUACAAGAUAUUGCUGUGAUACUCUUCCUUUUAAUAAAAUAUACAAUAUAAA